AGGGAGCGGCGGCGGCGGCGUCGCUGCCCCGGCCGCCUAGCGCGGCUGUCGCCCGGCGGCCCCGGCCCCGCAGCUCGUGGACUGCAGCGGGUGCUCGGCCCCGGCCGGCCCGGCCCGACCCGGCCCGGGGGGCUCCCGGGCCCCGCACCCAGGCUCGCCGGUCCGCGGUGUGAUACUCUCCACAUCUGCUUCAGGAAGAAAGUGCCUGUCAUUCCCGUCUCUGCAGGUCCAUGCCAGCCCAGCACACAGGAUCAGUUGGAGCCCAGAUUUCAAGUUCCGAGUAAAGUGCCAUCUGGGGAUGGGCCCCAUUGUGCUCACACACUCAGAACGAGCUAUCCAAGGAAUGUCCUAAAGAAACAGAAGUGUGUGUCACCCACCAGCCAAGAUGAACAUGGUGAAGAGGAUCAUGGGGCGGCCUCGGCAGGAGGAGUGCAGUCCGCAGGACAACGCCUUGGGCCUGAUGCACCUCCGCCGGCUCUUCACCGAGCUGUGCCAUCCUCCAAGACACAUGACCCAGAAAGAGCAGGAAGAAAAGUUGUACAUGAUGCUGCCGGUAUUUAACAGGGUUUUUGGAAACGCUCCACCAAAUACAAUGACAGAAAAAUUUUCUGACCUUCUGCAGUUCACAACGCAAGUCUCAAGACUAAUGGUGACGGAGAUUCGGAGGAGAGCAUCAAACAAAUCCACAGAGGCUGCAAGUCGGGCCAUCGUCCAGUUCCUGGAGAUCAAUCAGAGCGAAGAAGCCAGUAGAGGCUGGAUGCUCCUAACAACAAUUAACCUGUUGGCAUCCUCUGGUCAGAAAACAGUGGACUGCAUGACAACGAUGUCAGUGCCUUCCACCCUGGUUAAAUGUCUGUAUCUGUUCUUCGACCUUCCACAUGUGCCUGAGGCAGGUGGAGGUGCACAGAAUGAGCUACCUCUAGCAGAGCGCCGAGGACUCCUCCAGAAAGUCUUUGUGCAGAUCUUAGUAAAGCUCUGCAGUUUCGUUUCUCCGGCGGAGGAGCUGGCCCAGAAGGAUGACCUGCAGCUCUUGUUCAGUGCAAUAACCUCUUGGUGCCCCCCCUAUAACCUGCCCUGGAGGAAGAGUGCCGGGGAGGUCCUCAUGACCAUCUCCCGCCACGGGCUGAGCGUCAACGUGGUGAAGUAUAUUCACGAAAAAGAAUGUUUGUCUACGUGUGUGCAGAAUAUGCAACAAUCCGACGACCUGUCUCCCCUUGAGAUAGUUGAAAUGUUUGCAGGACUUUCUUGUUUCCUCAAAGACUCCAGUGACGUUUCCCAGACUCUUCUGGAUGAUUUUCGGAUAUGGCAAGGCUAUAAUUUUCUCUGCGACCUCUUGCUCAGAUUGGAACAAGCCAAAGAGGCGGAAUGCAGGGAUGCUCUGAAGGACCUGGUGAAUCUGGUAACUUCCCUGACCACCUAUGGGGUCAGUGAGCUGAAGCCAGCUGGUGUCACCACAGGGGCCCCCUUUUUGUUGCCUGGGUUUGCAGUACCUCAGCCUGCAGGCAAAGGUCACAGCGUGAGAAACAUCCAAGCCUUUGCGGUUCUUCAGAAUGCAUUUCUAAAAGCAAAAACCAACUUCCUUGCCCAGAUCAUCCUUGAUGCCAUCACAAAUAUUUACAUGGCGGACAAUGCCAAUUACUUCAUCCUGGAGUCACAGCACACCCUGUCACAGUUUGCAGAGAAGAUCUCUAAACUCCCAGAAGUACAAAACAAAUACUUUGAAAUGCUGGAGUUUGUCGUUUUUAGCUUAAACUAUAUCCCUUGUAAAGAACUCAUUAGUGUUAGCAUCCUGCUGAAGUCCAGCUCUUCUUACCACUGUAGCAUCAUUGCGAUGAAAACCCUUCUGAAGUUUACAAGGCACGACUACAUAUUUAAAGAUGUCUUCAGAGAGGUGGGCCUUCUAGAGGUCAUGGUCAACCUCCUGCAUAAGUAUGCUGCCCUUCUGAAGGAUCCAGCUCAGGCACUCAGUGAGCAAGGGGACUCAAGAAACAAUAGUUCAGUUGAAGACCAGGAACACUUGGCUCUGUUGGUGAUGGAGGCCUUGACUGUGCUGCUUCAAGGCUCAAACACAAAUGCAGGGAUAUUCCGAGAGUUUGGAGGUGCAAGGUGUGCGCACAACAUAGUGAAGUACCCGCAGUGCCGGCAGCAUGCCCUCAUGACCAUACAGCAGCUGGUACUCUCUCCAAAUGGGGACGACGAUAUGGGCACGCUCUUGGGGCUGAUGCACUCAGCUCCUCCCACAGAGCUGCAGUUGAAGACUGACAUCUUAAGGGCUCUCCUGUCAGUCCUUCGAGAAAGCCACCGGUCAAGAACAGUUUUCCGGAAAGUUGGAGGGUUUGUGUACAUCACCUCCUUGCUGGUGGCUAUGGAGAGGUCUUUGAGCUCUCCUCCCAAGAACGGCUGGGAGAAAGUGAACCAGAACCAAGUGUUUGAGCUCCUCCACACUGUGUUCUGCACGCUGACUGCAGCGCUGCGCUACGAGCCAGCCAACUCCCAUUUCUUCAAAACAGAGAUACAGUAUGAAAAGCUGGCGGAUGCCGUUCGAUUUCUCGGCUGCUUCUCAGACCUUAGGAAAAUAAGUGCUAUGAAUGUCUUCCCCUCAAACACACAGCCUUUCCAGAGACUGCUCGAGGAAGGUGCCGUCUCGGUGGACUCGGUGUCACCUACCCUGCGGCACUGCAGCAAACUCUUCAUCUAUCUCUACAAAGUGGCCACUGAUUCUUUUGACAGUCGUGCAGAGCAGAUCCCUCCUUGCCUGACAAGCGAGUCUUCUCUUCCCUCUCCUUGGGGGACACCAGCUUUGUCCAGGAAAAGGCAUGCAUUUCAUUGUGUUUCAACUCCUCCUGUGUAUCCUGCGAAAGGUGUCACUGACCUGAAACUUGAUGUGACAAGUUCACCUCUACAGAAUUCCGAUGCCGUCAUCAUCCACCCUGGAGCCAUGUUGGCCAUGCUGGACCUCCUGGCCUCUGUGGGCUCAGGGACACAGCCAGAACAUGCUUUGGACCUGCAACUCGCCGUGGCCAAUAUUUUGCAAUCGCUGGUGCACACAGAAAGAAACCAGCAGGUCAUGUGUGAAGCUGGUCUUCAUGCACGGCUGCUGCAGCGGUGCAGUGCUGCUCUGGCUGACGAAGACCACUCGCUGCACCCACCCCUUCAGCGCAUGUUUGAACGCUUAGCCUCCCAGGCUCUGGAGCCCAUGGUGCUGAGGGGGUUUUUGCGUUUGGCGAGUCCUUUGAAUUGCGGUGCCUGGGACAAAAAGCAGCUGAAACAGUACAGGGUUCACAAACCAAGUUCGCUGAGUUAUGAACCGGAGAUGAGAAGCAGCAUGGUCACCUCUCUGGAAGGCCUGGGCUCUGACAACGUUUUUAGCCUGCAUGAAGAUAACCAUUACAGGAUAAGCAAAAGUCUGGUGAAGUCAGCAGAAGGAAGUACUGUGCCCUUGACCAGGGUAAAGUGUCUUGUCUCCAUGACAACCCCUCAUGACAUCAGACUUCAUGGCUCCUCUGUUACUCCAGCAUUUGUUGAAUUUGACACAUCCCUUGAAGGCUUUGGCUGCCUUUUUCUGCCCAGCUUGGCUCCCCAUAAUGCCCCUACCAAUAAUGCUGUCACAACAGGUCUCACUGAUGGGGCCGUGGUGAGUGGCAUUGGUUCUGGUGAACGCUUCUUCCCUCCUCCUUCUGGCCUGAGCUAUUCCAGCUGGUUUUGCAUCGAACACUUCAGUUCUCCUCCAAAUAACCACCCUGUCAGGCUCCUCACUGUUGUGCGACGAGCGAAUUCAUCCGAGCAGCAUUAUGUGUGCCUUGCCAUAGUUCUGUCUGCAAAAGACCGCUCCUUAAUUGUUUCCACAAAGGAGGAGCUACUCCAAAAUUAUGUUGAUGACUUCAGUGAAGAAUCCUCGUUCUAUGAGAUUCUCCCGUGCUGCGCCCGCUUUCGAUGCGGAGAGCUGAUAGUGGAAGGCCAGUGGCACCAUCUGGUUCUGCUGAUGAGCAAAGGCAUGCUCAAGAACAGCACUGCGGCCCUCUAUAUCGACGGGCAGCUCGUCAACACUGUAAAGCUGCAUUAUGUCCACAGUACUCCUGGGGGCUCAGGUUCUGCAAAUCCUCCGGUACUGAGCACAGUCUACGCCUACAUCGGCACUCCACCUGCACAACGACACAUCGCUUCAUUGGUUUGGCGCCUGGGACCCACUCAUUUUCUAGAGGAAGUUUUACCUCCCUCUAGUGUCACUACUAUUUAUGAACUUGGACCAAAUUACGUUGGAAGUUAUCAGGCUGUGUGCACACCAUGUAAAGAUGCAAAGUCUGAAGGUGUUAUUCCUUCACCUGUGUCACUAGUUGCAGAGGAAAAGGUGUCAUUUGGCCUCUAUGCACUCUCCGUGUCCUCCCUAACAGUGGCAAGAAUUCGGAAAGUCUAUAACAAGUUAGACAGCAAAGCUAUUGCUAAACAGUUAGGCAUUUCCUCCCAUGAGAAUGCCACCCCAGUGAAGCUAAUCCACAAUGCCGCAGGCCAUCUCAAUGGACCAGCACGCACCAUUGGGGCCACGCUCAUUGGUUACUUGGGAGUAAGAACAUUUGUCCCUAAGCCUGUUGCCACUACUCUGCAGUACAUUGGAGGAGCUGCCGCCAUCCUAGGCCUAGUGGCCAUGGCCUCGGAUGUGGAAGGGUUGUAUGCAGCAGUCAAGGCCCUGGUGUGUGUGGUCAAGAGUAACCCACUAGCCAGUAAGGAGAUGGAAAGAAUCAAGGGCUAUCAGUUACUGGCAAUGCUGCUGAAGAAGAAGCGCUCCCUUCUCAACAGCCACAUCCUCCAUCUGACGUUUUCCUUGGUGGGGACCGUUGACAGCGGCCACGAGACAUCCAUCAUUCCCAAUUCCACUGCGUUCCAGGACCUGCUUUGUGAUUUUGAAGUCUGGCUCCAUGCACCAUAUGAACUUCAUCUUUCUUUAUUUGAACACUUUAUUGAACUCCUGACAGAGUCCAGUGAGGCCUCCAAGAAUGCCAAGUUAAUGAGGGAAUUUCAGCUAAUUCCCAAGCUGCUCCUGACUCUCCGAGACAUGUCCUUGUCCCAGCCAACUAUUGCUGCUAUUAGUAACGUGCUGAGCUUCCUGCUGCAAGGCUUCCCCAGCAGCAACGAUCUGCUCAGGUUUGGCCAGUUCAUUUCUUCUACUUUGCCAACCUUUGCAGUUUGUGAGAAAUUUGUGGUUAUGGAAAUUAAUAAUGAAGAGAAACCUGAUGUGGGAGCAGAAGAGGAGUUUGGAGGUCUUGUGUCUGCUAAUCUUAUACUUUUGAGGAACAGACUUCUAGACAUCUUGCUAAAACUAGUUCAUACAUCAAAAGAAAAGACAAGCAUUAACUUGCAGGCUUGUGAGGAGCUGGUCAGGACACUGGGUUUUGACUGGAUCAUGAUGUUCAUGGAAGAACACUUGCAUCCCACCACAGUCACGGCCGCCAUGAGGAUUCUUGUUGUCCUGCUGAGUAACCAGUCGAUCCUCAUCAAGUUUAAAGAAGGGCUCAGUGGCGGAGGCUGGCUGGAGCAGACAGAUUCUGUGCUGACUAAUAAGAUAGGAACUGUGCUAGGAUUCAACGUGGGCAGGAGUGCCGGUGGGAGAUCGUCGGUCAGGGAGAUUAACCGGGAGGCCUGCCAUUUCCCCGGCUUUCUGGUUCUCCAGUCUUUCCUUCCUAAGCACACAAAUGUCCCUGCCCUCUAUUUCCUGCUCAUGGCCUUGUUUCUGCAACAGCCUGUGAGUGAGCUGCCUGAGAACCUGCAGGUCAGUGUGCCUGUCACCAGCAGCCGAUGUAAGCAGGGCUGCAAGUUUGACUUGGAUUCCAUCUGGACGUUUAUCUUUGGAGUCCCCGCCUCCAGUGGAACAGUGGUCUCUUCCAUCCACAAUGUGUGUACAGAAUCUGCGUUCUUACUGCUGGGGAUGCUGCGAAGCAUGCUGAAUUCACCAUGGCAAUCAGAAGAAGAGGGGUCGUGGCUCCGAGAGUACCCAGUGACCCUGAUGCAGUUUUUCAGAUACUUGUAUCACAACGUCCCAGACCUUGCCUCCAUGUGGAUGAGCCCUGAUUUCCUGUGUGCCUUAGCAGCCACCGUCUUUCCCUUCAACAUCCGCCCUUACUCCGAGAUGGUGACGGAUCUGGAUGAUGAGGUGGGAUCUCCAGCAGAAGAGUUUAAAGCUUUCGCCGCAGACACGGGGAUGAACAGGAGCCAAUCAGAGUACUGCAAUGUGGGCACCAAGACAUACUUGACCAAUCACCCAGCCAAAAAGUUCGUUUUUGACUUCAUGCGAGUCUUAAUGAUCGACAACCUCUGCCUCACACCUGCUAGCAAGCAGACGCCACUAAUUGAUAUUUUGUUGGAGGCCUCCCCUGAGAGAUCUACACGAACUCAGCAGAAAGAAUUCCAGACGCACAUUCUGGAUAGCGUGAUGGACCAUUUGCUGGCAGCUGAUGUGUUAUUGGGGGAAGAUGCAUCUCUGCCCAUUACCAGCGGAGGAAGCUACCAGGUGCUGGUGAACAAUGUGUUUUAUUUCACACAGCGUGUGGUGGACAAGCUUUGGCAAGGCAUGUUCAACAAGGAAUCUAAACUCCUUAUAGAUUUUAUAAUUCAGCUCAUUGCACAGUCCAAGAGAAGAUCACAGGGAUUGUCACUGGAUGCGGUUUAUCACUGCCUCAAUAGGACCAUCUUGUACCAGUUCUCGCGGGCACACAAAACUGUCCCUCAGCAAGUAGCUCUCCUUGAUUCACUCAGGGUCCUUACUGUAAACCGGAACUUGAUCCUGGGACCUGGCAACCAUGACCAAGAAUUCAUUAGCUGUCUUGCUCACUGCCUGAUUAAUCUACAUGUUGGAAGCAACGUGGAAGGGUUUGGCCUGGAGGCAGAAGCACGCAUGACCACGUGGCACAUCAUGAUUCCCUCAGACAUUGAACCAGACGGUGGCUACAGCCAGGAUAUCAGUGAAGGGCGCCAGCUUCUCAUCAAAGCUGUCAACAGAGUCUGGACCGAGCUGAUCCACAGUAAGAAACAAGUCCUGGAGGAGCUUUUCAGAGUCAGCCUGCCCGUCAACGAGAGGGGCCACGUGGACAUAGCCACCGCACGGCCACUUAUUGAAGAGGCUGGUUUGAAAUGCUGGCAGAAUCACUUGGCCCAUGAAAAGAAAUGCAUAAGUCGAGGAGAAGCCUUGGUGCCUAGCACACAAUCCAAACUGUCCCGGGUCAGCAGCGGCUUCGGUCUCUCCAAACUGACAGGGUCAAGAAGGAAUCGAAAGGAAAGCGGCCUUCAUAAACACAGUCCUUCCACCCAGGAGAUCUCCCAGUGGAUGUUUACACAUAUCGCUGUUGUGCGUGACCUGGUGGACACACAGUAUAAGGAAUAUCAAGAGCGUCAGCAGAACGCGCUCAAGUAUGUGACUGAGGAAUGGUGCCAGAUCGAGUGUGAGCUGUUGCGGGAGCGAGGACUGUGGGGUCCCCCCAUUGGCUCCCAUCUGGACAAGUGGAUGCUAGAGAUGACAGAGGGGCCCUGCAGGAUGAGGAAGAAAAUGGUGCGCAAUGACAUGUUCUAUACCCACUACCCUUAUGUGCCGGAAACGGAGCAGGAGACAAGUGUGGCGUCUGAGGUCCCAAGUAAAGAACCCGAGGCACCCGAUGAUGUCACUGCUCAGAAGAAACCUGCUCGGUACAGAAGAGCCAUAAGUUAUGACAGUAAGGAGUACUACAUCCGCCUGGCCUCUGGUAACCCAGCCAUUGUUCAGGAUACUAUUGUAGAGAGUUCAGAAGGAGAAGCCACCCAGCAAGAACCAGAGCAUGGAGAAGACACCAUUGCCAAGGUCAAAGGCCUGGUGAAGCCCCCACUGAAACGCUCUCGGUCUGCACCUGAUGGAGGAGACGAGGAGACCCAGGAGCAGCUACAAGACCAGAUUGCUGAGAACAGCUCCAUAGAAGAGGAGGAGAAAACAGACAAUGCCACCUUGCUGCGCCUGCUGGAGGAAGGAGAGAAGAUUCAACACAUGUACCGCUGUGCUAGAGUCCAGGGCCUGGACACCAGCGAGGGGCUACUGCUCUUUGGGAAGGAGCAUUUUUAUGUGAUUGACGGAUUCACCAUGACAGCAACCAGGGAAAUAAGAGACAUUGAAACUUUACCUCCAAACAUGCAUGAACCAAUUAUCCCUCGGGGAGCCAGACAGGGCCCCAGUCAACUCAAGAGGACAUGCAGCCUUUUCGCAUAUGAAGAUAUCAAGGAGGUACAUAAGAGACGGUACCUGCUGCAGCCUAUUGCUGUAGAAGUCUUCUCUGGGGAUGGACGGAAUUACCUCCUGGCUUUCCAAAAGGGAAUUCGGAAUAAAGUCUACCAAAGGUUCCUGGCGGUUGUGCCAUCGCUCACUGACAGCUCAGAGUCUGUCUCUGGUCAAAGACCGAACACCAGUGUAGAACAAGGAUCUGGAUUACUUAGUACUUUGGUCGGAGAGAAGUCUGUGACUCAGAGAUGGGAGAGAGGUGAAAUCAGCAACUUCCAGUAUUUGAUGCACUUGAACACACUGGCCGGCAGAUCCUACAAUGACCUGAUGCAGUACCCUGUCUUCCCCUGGAUCCUCGCAGACUAUGACUCCGAGGAGGUCGAUCUUACUAACCCCAAGACAUUCAGAAACCUGGCUAAGCCAAUGGGCGCGCAGACGGACGAGCGGCUGGCCCAGUACAAAAAGCGGUAUAAGGACUGGGAGGAUCCUAAUGGCGAGACUCCAGCCUACCACUACGGCACCCACUAUUCUUCUGCAAUGAUUGUGGCCUCGUAUCUUGUGAGAAUGGAGCCUUUCACCCAGAUAUUCUUACGACUUCAGGGCGGACACUUCGACCUGGCAGACCGGAUGUUCCACAGUGUACGUGAGGCCUGGUACUCCGCAUCAAAGCACAACAUGGCAGAUGUGAAAGAACUUAUCCCAGAAUUUUUUUAUUUACCAGAAUUCCUCUUCAAUUCCAACAACUUUGAUCUAGGCUGUAAACAAAAUGGCACCAAGCUUGGAGAUGUUAUCCUUCCGCCCUGGGCAAAGGGAGACCCAAGAGAGUUCAUCAGAGUCCACCGUGAGGCUUUGGAGUGUGACUAUGUAAGUGCCCACCUACACGAGUGGAUCGACCUGAUCUUUGGCUAUAAGCAGCAGGGCCCAGCUGCAGUAGAAGCUGUCAACGUCUUCCACCACCUUUUUUAUGAGGGUCAAGUGGACAUCUACAACAUCAAUGACCCACUGAAGGAGACAGCCACCAUCGGGUUCAUUAAUAACUUCGGUCAAAUCCCUAAGCAGUUGUUUAAAAAACCUCACCCACCAAAGCGAGUAAGGAGUCGACUCAACGGUGACAACAUGGGGAUCUCCAUCCCACCGGGAGUCACGAGUGACAAGAUCUUCUUCCAUCACCUAGACAACCUGAGGCCUUCCCUGACACCUGUGAAAGAACUCAAGGAGCCCGUGGGGCAGAUCGUCUGCACAGACAAGGGAAUUCUCGCAGUGGAGCAGAACAAAGUUCUGAUCCCACCAGCGUGGAACAAGACCUUUGCCUGGGGCUAUGCAGACCUCAGCUGCAGACUAGGGACCUACGAGUCAGACAAGGCAGUGACGGUCUAUGAAUGUUUGUCUGAGUGGGGUCAGAUUCUCUGUGCCAUCUGCCCCAACCCCAAGCUGGUGAUCACGGGCGGAACAAGCACAGCGGUGUGUGUGUGGGAGAUGGGCACCUCCAAAGAAAAGGCCAAGCCCCUGACGCUCAAGCAGGCUUUACUCGGCCACACCGAUACUGUUACCUGUGCCACAGCUUCACUGGCCUAUCACAUAGUCGUCAGCGGGUCCCGAGACCGAACCUGCAUCAUUUGGGAUUUAAACAAGCUAUCGUUUCUAACCCAGCUCCGCGGCCACCGAGCUCCCGUUUCUGCUCUUUGUAUUAAUGAGUUAACAGGGGACAUUGUGUCCUGUGCCGGCACAUACAUCCAUGUGUGGAGCAUCAAUGGCAACCCCAUUGUGAGUGUGAACACAUUCACAGGCAGGAGUCAGCAGAUCAUCUGCUGCUGCGUGUCCGAGAUGAACGAAUGGGACACUCAGAAUGUCAUCGUGACAGGACACUCAGAUGGAGUGGUCCGGUUCUGGAGGAUGGAAUUUCUUCAGGUUCCUGAAACACCAGCUCCUGAGCCUGUGGAAGAGCUGGAAAUGCAAGACGGCUGUCCUGAAGCACAGAUAGGGCAGCAAGCCCAAGAUGAAGACAGCACUGAUUCUGAAACGGAGGAGCCCAGCAUCAGCCAGGAUUCUAAGGAACCGCCCAGCCAGCCCAGCAGCACCAGCCACAGGCCCCGGGCAGCCUCCUGCAGAGCCACAGCCACAUGGUGUACUGACAGCGGCUCCGAUGACUCCAGGCGCUGGUCGGACCAGCUCAGCCUCGACGAGAAAGAUGGCUUCAUAUUUGUGAACUAUUCUGAGGGCCAGACUAGAGCACAUCUACAGGGCCCCCUCGCCCACUCCCACCCCAACCCCAUCGAAGCACGGAAUUACAGCCGAUUGAAACCUGGGUACCGGUGGGAGCGGCAGCUGGUGUUCAGAAGCAAACUAACUAUGCACACAGCCUUUGAUCGAAAGGACAAUGCACACCCAGCUGAAGUCACCGCAUUGGGUGUCUCCAAGGACCACAGCAGAAUCCUCGUCGGUGACAGUCGGGGCCGAGUGUUUAGCUGGUCUGUGAGUGACCAACCCGGCCGCUCCGCUGCUGACCACUGGGUGAAGGAUGAAGGUGGCGACAGCUGCUCAGGCUGCUCUGUUCGCUUCUCCCUCACAGAGAGACGGCACCAUUGCAGGAACUGUGGACAGCUCUUCUGUCAGAAGUGCAGUCGAUUUCAGUCAGAAAUCAAGCGCUUGAAAAUCUCAUCCCCCGUGCGAGUCUGUCAGAACUGUUACUACAGCUUACAGCAUGAGAGAGGGAUGGAAGAUGGGCCUCGAAACUGCCGAGACUGAGGGAGACCACGUUCGGCCCGGGGAGCUCCUCGGGUCCUGCCGCAGCUCGGAAGGCACUGAAGCAGCUCCACUUGCACGCCUCUUCACUCUGAGUGAAGUGCUGAGUUCAAAGGGAUCGUUGGAUCACGGGUUCCAGGCCAGUGACUGGCAGGCGCUAUGCAGUGAACAGCACAAGAAGAAGGCAAGGUGGUUCCCGGGGUGUCUCGGAGCCCAGGUCCCCAUAGUGUAGCCAUCUCCAAGAGCAAACUCCGCGCACCCCAACUCUCUUUCCUGCAUCUCAUUUUUAUAGAGCUAUCCAUCCUUGUUUGGAAAAAUCAACAAAAACUUUAAAAAAAAAAAGGCUUCUAGGAAAUGGUUGUGAAUCUGACUUCUUGGCAAGCAGCUGUGUAUAUUGUAAAUAGGUAUAAAGGCCUUUUUUCUAAAUAAGGACCUAAUUGCCUGUAACAUGAGACUUCAAACUAAGCCACUAACUCAAUGAACUAUUUAAGGUUUGUCCAACAUCUCUCAAUUAUAAAUAUGGGUUUUUUUUAAUCCUCAAAGACAUUAUCUGUAAUAUUUUUUUCCUUGUUCAAACCAAGCCUGUGUGCCUGAUACCAUUUCUUUCAAGUUGCCCACAGUAUCUCCACUUAAAAUAGGCUAGUAACCAAAAUGAUGUAGCCCUGCUUUAGGAGCUAGUGGGGGAGGAAAGAAGUCUGAUCAUAAGGUAACCUGCACAUACCUGAACGGCUCCUUCUGGCUGCAUACCGAGCAGGCCCCUUAAACUGAGCUGUGCGUAGGCUGUGUGGUCCCGGCACACCUCAGUAUCGAUGGCCUGAAGGGGACCAGGUGACCAAUGCCAGGCAGGACACAGCCCUGCCUCAAUUAAUGGAAAUGCAUUUGCAUGUAACCCCAGAUUAGCUUCUCUGCAUAGAACACAAGUGUCUGUCUUCAGAGACACUGUUCUACUACAGCUUAUUUUCAAAAAAGGGUUUAAAAGCAUACAGAAUUAACAUUUAAACCUUGUGAAAAUGGGUCAUGUCAUAAGUGCUUAGAAUGAACCUUUCCCAUUUAAUGCCAUCUACCUGAGAACAGUGAGAUUUAUACUGUAUCGAUGUCUAUUUUUUUGGUUUUGCUAUGAAUAUAAUUACAGUAUUUUAAUAUUUAGUUAUUUAAUUUGUUCUACUAGUUGGAUACAGAACACACAAAUCCAGAAGGAUUAAAGCUGGAGGAAGCUAAGAGAUAAGUUUAUAGAAAAAUGGCUUUGGUGGUGGGAUUUUUUAAAUAUGUGUGUUAUGUACAUAAAUAUAAAUAUAUAUAUAUGAAAUCAAAUAAACAAUUAAUCUAGAUUUUAACAUUUUCAGAUAACUUUAGUGCUAAUAAUAUGAAUAACUCUUAAAAAGCCCUGUGAUUUGAACAACAUAGAAUCACUAAUGGCCCAAGAAGAAGGACCAGCCUUGACACCCUCACAGAGGGAGGUCCCUACCAUAUGAAGGACAGUGGCUCUGGCUUCCCUAACUCUCCAUCUUUAGCCCUGGUGACAGGCACACUUAUGCACUAAAAUGCACAUAUAUGCACAUGUGUCCAGAAAUAGGCAUUUGGUACAACAGUGACCUUGUACCUGAUGGGCUGAAAGCAGCUUCAGAACAAGUCUGUUCUCCCUGACCAGAAGGUCUCCAGGAGACACCGUGAAGGCUGCUUUAGUGCCUUACGCUCCCUAAAUUUAAACCUUCCUUUACAGGUUUCAGCCUACAGUCUAUCUAUGAUACAUAUCAAAUUGACUCCAACACUUCCAUUUUUAAAUGCUCAAAUAUACACGUGAAAAAGGAUUGUUGGCAUUAACUCUCUCCACUUGAAGAAAAGCUGUUGCUUUUGCUUUGCUUUCCUUUCUGUGUCAUGUUCACCGCCAUGACUUUAGAAGGACGCUGGUGUCCCUUUGUUGCAGAACCUGUGCUUCUGCGUGGUGGUGGGCUGGCCCUGUCUGCCUCUGGACGCUUUGUAGUGGUGUUACUACACUUCUACAAGAAGCGCCUCCUUUGGCCCAUGACCCACAUUUACCCCUACCCAAUGGCAGAGGUGUUUUCAAGACUUGAAUAUAGGAACGUGUGUGUAGCCACUUGAAGCUUGUUCCUCUGUCUAACCCAAAAUUGUAUGGGAUGAACGCUCUUAUACUGUCAAACACAACUUCCAAACCACUCACGAUGGUAUUUCCUCUGGCAGCUGGUGCUGUGGGCAACUUUUUUGUUCCAUCGGUUUUGGUUUUUGUUUUCUUUUCACUUCUGCAGAAAUCACAAAGUCACUCACACAGGGCACUACUGCCUGAUGUCCAUUGGUUCAUUGCUUCUCUGGUUUUCCCUCUGCAUUCUGUGCCAAUCUGCUUAGCCACAUUAUGUGUGUCCACCUUCCUGUGGUCUGUAUUCUUUUUCUGAGUACCUCACAGGGCUCCAGCCUGAUCUCUAUUGGUCCUUCUACCCAUUCAUCCAUCCAUCCAUUCAUUCAUCCUUACAUCCCUACUCAUCCAUGUACUCUGACACAUCCGUGUGUAGUGUGCAAGUGUAACGUCAUGCUUUUGAAGACGAGAAGUAGCUGCCCGUAGCAGCCAGCCCUCUGGAGAAUAGCAAAACACUCUAGAUAAGUUAUUUUGCACUUUCUUAUGUACAAAGGUGGUAGAAACUUAUUUUUGCUUUGUAUCAUUUAAAUACAUUUUGUUUUGGUAAACAAACUGUGUAUAAAAUAUUUAUGCUGUUAAAAAAACUGUUUUUAGGAAGUAUUUUUAAUUUCAGCAAGUUUGGUUACUUGUUGCAUGACCAUUAACACAGCUGACUUUUUGUGUCAGUGCAAUGUAUAUUUUUGUCCUGUUAUUAACUUGUAAGCCCUAGUAAUGGCCAAUUAUUUGUACAGCCACAGAAGUAAAUUGAAGAUACUGGCUAAGACUGGAUUGAUUGUGGACUUUUGUACUAUAUUGCAGAAUCCAAUAUCUGUUUCUCUGGUGGUUAUGUAAAAGGCCUGAAGACCUCUUAUCUAGUGUGCAAUCUGUGAUUCUGAGUGUUCAUUGUAUCUCUGUCUGAUGCAGAAAGGUAGACAGUUACAAUCCAUGAUGAAACGCAAUAGUCCAGGAACUUAAGUAUUUUUUUCAUUUCAAAUAAAUACCUAUUUACCACAAAAAAA